AUGAAGCCGCCUUUGGAAAGGAACCCAUCCAGGAAGCGCCAUUCAUGGUGGUGGGAUAGUCACAUUAGCCCCAAGAACUCAAAAUGGCUUGCAGAAAACCUCGAAGAAAUGGAUAAGCAAGUGAAGGAAAUGGUGCAGCUUAUUGAGGAAGAUGGCGACUCCUUUGCAAAGAAAGCUCAAAUGUAUUAUCAGAGGCGCCCAGUGCUCAUCACCCAUGUCGAGAACUUCUACCGGAUGUACCGCGCUUUAGCUGAGCGCUACGACAAUGUUACCGGUGAACUGCGCAAGAACAUCCCUUCAAGGAUGCAGUCUCAAGGAUCUUUAUCCGGUUCUGAGUUCGGUUCAGAGCUGCAAAGGUCGCCCACACCAUCUCCUGAGCCACAGAAGUCCUGGACAAGGGAGCAGAGCCCUAGAGCCGCCGGUUUCGACUUCUUUCUGAGCAAUAAGAGCAAUGACUCACCGUCCUCAAGGAAGGAGCCCGAGUCGGCUUCACAGUCAGAAUCCGACAUGAAGUCUGAGGAUGGCGAGGAUGAUGGCAUUGCCUACACAUUGCACCAGAGGGUUCUCGAGCUCGAGGACGAUCUCAAUGCCGCGAACCGGAAGCUGCUUGAUGCAAACGAAAAGCUCGAGGUUUUCGAGGAAAAGAGCCUGAGGUGCCAUUGCGAUUAUAUGGAAAAUGGAAAUGGCGCCGAUUAUGCUGCCAAAAUUACAGACAUUGAUGGAGAGUUCGCGUCAACUAAGGAGAAGCUACAAUCUUCAGAAGUGGAGAUCGACAGUCUCCAAAGGAGGCUCGAAGAUGCCGCAAUUUUGUCCGAAGAGCACUCUAGGUUGCUGGAACAGAACAAGGGACUGGAAGCUGAAAUUGUCAGUCUGAAGGAAGAAAUGGCUUCAGCCAGACGGCGUUUCGACGAUAAAAUUUCCAAGAGCGAUGCCGAGAUCAGCAAGUACAAGCAAGAGCUUACCGCCACGUCUGAGAAGCUGCUGCAGGAGAAGUCCACCAACAGUGCAGAGGUAGGUAAGCUGCAAGAGACAAUCCAGAUCGCCAGUCGUGAGCUGGAGAAAGUUUCCAAAGAGAAGUCCCUGGUGGAGGACCAGGUGAAGGAGCUGGACGAGGUGAACUUUGAAGCUGAAAGGCAGAUGCAGGAGCUAGUCCAUGCCGCCGAAAUGCUCUCAGAGGACAAGUUCAGUCAUGAAGCUGAGAUCCUGACGAUGCAGCAGAGCAUCGAGGACCUGAAGCCGAGAUUUGAAAGCAUCGCAAGAGAGAAAUCACUGCUGAAACUCUGGUUCGCGGAUCUGGAGCGCGUCGUGGAGCGAGGAAGUAGCGUCGUCAUUCCCCCAGAAUAA